CCACAUUUCACACUACAGCACACACUAAGUCACGAAGAUGACCGGCUCAAAUCACACCAGGUUCCGCCUCCUGAUUGGCUGGUGCUGCAUGAUGAGCUCAGCUCUUUUGGUAAUGAUGGUAUAUCUUGCAAUAAACCACAGCAAUUCACACAAUAAGUCUGGAAGCCCUGGAAAGUCAAAUUCACCAGCAAGCAGUGGCAAAACUGACAAACAAAUAGAUACCUGGCGUGAUCAAUCCUUCAACGACUAUAUCCAUCUCAUCAGAGACAGGGAAAAAACCUGGAUAUGCAGUGAACCAUGUACGAACAGCUCCUUGUCCUUGAAGAAUGCCACUGUUGAACUAACAGUCAGCGGCCUGUACUACAUUUAUGCCCAGGUCUACUUCAAAAGCACUGAUCAUAAGCAACUGGCGAAUGUUACUUUGCUCAGGAAAGAAGGACCUGGGAUACAAGAGAAAAGACUAAGUGUGGUCAGGCGCAAUGGACCAGGAUCGUUGACAAUGAGCUGUCUGAUCCAGGUGGUAGACAAAAUCAGCAUCAGUCUGAAUAUAGAGCCUAUCACCUUUUUAUCAGGAGAAUAUUAUGAUACUUACUGGGAUAUUAUCUUGCUUAAAAACAAAUAACAAGUCUAAAUAUUUCAGAUUCUUCUGCGGGGAUGUAAAGUGCAAACCUUGAUUUUUAGGUUUAAAUUAACAGUUCGUUAUUCCUCAAAGAUUCACAUUGCAGUGUCAAAUCUGUCAAGUGAUUCUCCUAAAGGAUUAAAACGGUCUAUAUUUAUAUUUACUAAAGUAAGUGGUAAAAGAUGUUUGUAUGGUUAGUUCUCAAACCCAUUAUGGCUUUCAAAGGGAAUAUUUUCAUAUUUUUUUAUGUGUUGGAACGUUUAAAGAGUUUCAUUUUAUGACACAUUUAGAGAUUUUUUAAGAUUUAUUAUAUUAAAAUAUU